GCGGCUCGUUUUUCACAUUAGAUCAUCAUUCGAGAUUUGUUUCAAUCACAAAUACUCCAAACUCAAAAUGUUGUUCCGAAUCUUACUUGUAGUCGCUGUUACUUUGCUUGUAAACAUUUCCGAAAAUUCGGAAGUGAAAGCAAGCGCAAUUGCGAUAAGUGAAGCAGAAGCUCUAGCAGACCCAAUCGCUGAGCCGAUCGCCGAAGCAGAUCCAGAACCAAUCGCUGAACCGGAGCCACUUUUUGGUCUCAAAAGUAAAAAAGCAACCACAGCCUCAUCUUCAAAAAUCACGAAGAGGAUUACAUAUAUCAUUACACAGAAGAGUAACAAAAAAAGAUCGAAAAGUCAUAAACGGCCACGUAGAUGUCGACGAUGCCGUAAAUCAAGCAGAGCUAGCACAGCAAGCACAGCUUCAACAGCCUCAACAGCCUCAACUGCUUCAACUGCCUCAACAGCCUCAACUGCUUCAACAGCUUCAACAUAAACAACCGAUACAGCUUCAUAGGUUUCGACAUUUGCUUGACCGAAUGGAAGAGCAAUUUUUGCCAAACUCGGAUAUUUUUGAACAGAAUUCAUCCUUUAAUUGGACGUAUUUUUAUUUACUUGAAAUUUAUUUUCAUAUUUUACCUCAUUAAUAAAAUUCAAACAAAAUGUAAUAAUGCUUUACGAAAAA